AUGAGAUCAUUCUACGCCACAAUUGCCUUUUUCGCAUCAACAAUCACUGCACUACAAGCGGAACAAACACAGCCGGCAUCGUACUGCCCUCCUCGGCCUGCAACGGCCGAAGAGCAGAGAGCCAUCUUCGAGCAGGCAGUUCAGACCAUUAUCGUCGACCAACAAUACACCGAGGGUGUCCCGAGACAUUAUGAUGAGGGCUACAUCCAACACGACCCCUUCCUGCUUUCCGGCAGGCAGAACGUCCUCGACUACCUCGCCAACUUUGAUCCCGACUCUGUCAACUUCACCGUCAUCAACAAGGGAAUCGACAACAACCGUGCUUGGAUCUUUCAGCGCGUCGAGCAGGUCGGCAGUGGGCCACUUGGGUGGGUGGAUCUAUGGAGGAUGAACGGCACUUGCAUCGUUGAGCAUUGGGGAGUCAGCAUGCCAAAGCCGGCCGACGCUAUCAACCCCCUGCCAUUGUGGUAG